AUGGUCAAACUCACCUCUCUCUUGAUCGGCUGCUACGCUCUUGCGGCGAAGUACGCCGUUGCCCAAGAGCAUGGAGAGGAAUACGAGAAGACAAUGGGUCCAGUCGCCUUUUUGUGGCCGCCUGAUCGUGAAUGGGGUGCUGCUCAGGACAAUACCGCCCCUUGCGGUUCCGCUGCCUCCGUGGUGAACAGAACGGAAUUCCCUCUGCUCAACGGCCAGAUCGCGCUCGUCGCUCAAGACGAGUCCUGGUACAUCCAGGUAGCAAUCUCUCACAAGAACGACCCAACGUCGAAUGACGAUUUUGAGAUCGUGAUACCGGCCACGAGAAUCCCAGAACUUAGCGAGGGCCACCAGUGCUACCCGAUCCCCAAUCCAGCCGCGGACAUCGAAGCUCUUUCCAAUGCGACACUGCAAAUUCGAUAUACUUCGGACUUUGAAGACGACCGAAACGAGACGUACUAUGCGUGCGCGGAUGUUACUUACGUGCCGACCAGCCAAUUCACCUACCAAGUGCCAUGCUUCAACGCCACCGUCGACGAUUUCAACGUUACGGAUGUUGACCCCGAUUCCAGUUCUUCGGCUUCGGCAGCUGGAGCCACUGCCACAUCAGGAGUCAUGGAGGACACGGGAUCAUCGUCUUCCGGUCUGUCUGGAGGUGCGAUUGCCGGUAUUGUUGUCGGUGUCGUGGUAGGGGUUGCUGCUUUCCUUGGUGUGAUCUUUUUCAUGUGGCGUCGGAGCCAACAGAAGCGUCGCAUUCGUCAACAGGAAGCUUCCGUCAGGAACGUGAAAUGGGAAGACCAUCAUCCAGGGAGUGGAUCAGCAUCGCAGGCUUCAGAUCGCGACAUUGCACUCCGGAAACUUUAG